UCAUUAAAUAGAAUUCCUAAUACAUUUCGCCAUUAAAUUAAGACAUCUAUUCACCAAAAGUCUCUUCUCGCAUAAAUGUAAUGAAAUGCCGAUGGUGUCCCGUGUGUCACCCGUCAGCCAAUCAACGUCCGCGUGUCCUCCCACACACACACAGUCCUCAGCUCCCAGCUUCAUUCUUCACAUCAGCGCGCACUCACUCAACUCAUUCAAACUCAGAGUGUGCCGCGUGAAUACGAGCUGCAUGUGUGUCAACUGUUGUAAAAUGACUUGGGACAAAAUAGCAGUCUUCUUUUUACAACUUUCAUGGACAGUCCAGCAUGUCACAGCCAUUCACAGACAUGACAUCUAUCCAUAUGGGAUGUUUUACGGCGAUGCUACUCUGCAAGCAGGGGACGAUGAGACCUCUAAAGUGAUCACACUCACCAAACCUAUGUACUUCUAUGAGACGUCCUUCAAUAACUUAUAUGUGGCCACCAAUGGAAUCAUCUCAACUCAGGAUCUUCCCAUGGAGAAGCAGUAUGUAGAUGACGGCUUCCCCACCGACUUCCCUGUCAUCGUCCCCUUCCUGGCUGACAUUGACACCAGUGAAGGAAAAGGAUCCAUCUUCUACCGGCAGACGGAGUCUCCUACUGUGCUGAAGCGGGCAGAAGCGGAUGUCAAGAGAGGCUUUCCAGAUACCACAUUCACACCAACCCAUGCCUUCAUCGCCACCUGGGAGAAUGUGUCCGCUUACGAGGAGGUCAGCCGUAGCUCUAGACCAUCCAAUCGGGUAAACACAUUCCAAGUGGUGCUUGCGUACAACGAGAGGGAUACUUAUGCACUCUUCCUAUACCCUGAGGAUGGCCUGCAGUUUUUUGGAACACGGCCCAAGGAAUCUUACAAUGUCGAAAUUGAGCUUCCAGCUCGAGUGGGCUUCACCAGAGGAGAGCUGUCCUUCCUCUUCUUUUCCCGAACAGAGGGGCCAUACUACAGCGUCACCAGCGAUGAGCAGUCCGUCAAAAACCUUUACCAAAAAGGAAACAUAGGAGAGCGUGGAGUUUGGCUCUUUCACAUUGGAAACAGAUAUUCCUUCCAGAAUGUCGUUCCUGCACAGCAUGAGGCUGUUUUCACCAAAGCUCCCCCAGUCUUGGAUGCUAUGCUCCCUGAUGAAGACUACUCAGAAACAGAUGAGGAAGAGUAUGAUCCCAUCGAUCCGGACUUCCAAGAUCCCACCACAACGGAGUUUCUUGAGCCAGAGCAAGACUCCUCAAUACUGGAACGUCUCAACCAGGAGGUUCCCCUUGGUCAGUCUCCUCCUCAGCCCUCAGAGUCUGGUCCAGGUGAGUUUCCUCAGCCGGAUCCCUAUAAUCUUCCCCCGGAGGACGUGACCCAGCCCCAGCCCCAGCGGCCAUUACCAAAGCACGCAAUCCUGCAGGUGUACCCAAACCGUGUGAAGGAUGUCCCACCUUCUGGUGGUCAAGUGUUCAGUAUUGAGGAGAAAGUGAACUUUGACUCUGGAGUGAUCCAUUACUCAACCGAUAAUAAAGAGACAUGUGAGCGCUUCCAGCAGCAGUGCAGUCAGAACGCACACUGCACAGACUAUUCCACCGGCUUCUGCUGUCACUGCAACUCAGGAUUCUACGGCAAUGGCCGUCACUGCCUGCCAAACGGUGCUCCUCACCGUGUGAAUGGAAAGGUCAGAGGGACUUUACUGGUGGGUGGCACAGCAGUGCAGCUGGAUAGUAUUGACCUGCAUGCCUACAUCGUGGUGGGUGACGGACGAGCGUACACUGCCAUCAGUGAGGUCCCAGAGCCGGUGGGUUGGGCCCUCAUGCCCGUGGCCCCCAUUGGAGGUCUUUUUGGUUGGCUCUUCGCCCUGGAGCUGCCAAACAGCCUUAAUGGCUUCAGUAUCACCGGUGCUGAAUUCACUCGCCAUGCCGAUGUGACCUUCUAUCCCGGUAACCAGCGUCUCAGCAUCGUCCAGACAGCUACGGGUUUGGAUACCCAGAACUACCUCAAUGUGGACACUCAUUUACAGGGCAGUGUACCCUUCAUCCCUCCUGGUGCCACGGUGCAGAUGGAGCCAUUUAAGGACACCUACCAUUAUUAUCCUUCAUUGAUUACCUCCACAUCCGUGCGUGAGUUUACAGUCACGUCAACUGAAAAUGGAGCAGAGACCCACACUUUCCAGGUCAAACAGAACAUCACAUACAGAGACUGCACUCACGGGCCCCGCAGCAGACUGGAGACGCUGGAACUGAGAAUGGAGCGCAUAUUUGUUAUGUAUGUCAAAGAAGAACGCAUCCUUCGAUAUGCCAUCACCAACAAGAUCGGCCCUCUUGGAGCUGGAGACCCAGAGCCAGAAGAUGUAAAUCCCUGUUACUCUGGAAAUCAUGACUGUGACACAACCGCACAGUGCGUGCCUGGCGAGGGACAGCUGUUUUCGUGCCAAUGCGCCACAGGUUACAGAGGCGACGGUCGUAACUGUUAUGAUGUGGAUGAGUGUGCAGAAGGUCUGAGCUCCUGUGGUGCUCAUUCUUACUGUGUGAACCUGCCUGGAAGCCAUCGCUGUCAGUGUGAGAGCGGAUUUGAGUUUGGAUUUGAUGGUCGGACAUGUCAGGAUGUGGACGAGUGUCGUGACCAGCCGUGCCACACCCAGGCCUUGUGCUCAAACAGUCCGGGAUCUUUCCACUGCCAGUGCCAACCGGGAUACCAUGGAGAUGGUUUCCAGUGCCACCUUACAAAUGGUCGCCCCAAGACCCAGUGUGAGCAGCACAGAGACAGUCUUCAUAGCAGAGAUGGUGAAGUUCAUCUGACAGGAGCCUUCAUCCCUCAGUGUGAUGAGGAGGGUCAGUACAGGCCCCAGCAGUGCCACGGGUCCACAGGUCACUGCUGGUGUGUGGACAGUAGAGGACAAGAGAGAGCGGGAACCAGAACUCCACCUGGAGCCCCAGCAAUAAACUGUGAUGAGCCUGAGCGUCCCAAGACCCAGUGUGAGCUGCACAGAGACAGUCUUAGUAGCAGAGAUGGUGAAGUUCAUCUGACAGGAGUCUUCAUCCCUCAGUGUGAUGAGGAGGGUCAGUACAGGCCCCAGCAGUGCCACGGGUCCACAGGUCACUGCUGGUGUGUGGACAGUAGAGGACAGGAGAGAGCGGGAACCAGAACUCCACCUGGAGCCCCAGCAAUAAACUGUGAUGAGCCUGAGCGUCCCAAGACCCAGUGUGAGCAGCACAGAGACAGUCUUCAUAGCAGAGAUGGUGAAGUUCAUCUGACAGGAGCCUUCAUCCCUCAGUGUGAUGAGGAGGGUCAGUACAGGCCCCAGCAGUGCCACGGGUCCACAGGUCACUGCUGGUGUGUGGACAGUAGAGGACAGGAGAGAGCGGGAACCAGAACUCCACCUGGAGCCCCAGCAAUAAACUGUGAUGAGCCUGAGCGUCCCAAGACCCAGUGUGAGCAGCACAGAGACAGUCUUCGUAGCAGAGAUGGUGAAGUUCAUCUGACAGGAGUCUUCAUCCCUCAGUGUGAUGAGGAGGGUCAGUACAGGCCCCAGCAGUGCCACGGGUCCACAGGUCACUGCUGGUGUGUGGACAGUAGAGGACAGGAGAGAGCGGGAACCAGAACUCCACCUGGAGCCCCAGCAAUAAACUGUGAUGAGCCUGAGCGUCCCAAGACCCAGUGUGAGCUGCACAGAGACAGUCUUCGUAGCAAUGAUGGUGAAGUUCAUCUGACAGGAGUCUUCAUUCCUCAGUGUGAUGAGGAGGGUCAGUACAGGCCCCAGCAGUGCCAUGGGUCCACAGGUCACUGCUGGUGUGUGGACAGUAGAGGACAGGAGAGAGCGGGAACCAGAACUCCACCUGGAGCCCCAGCAAUAAACUGUGAUGAGCCUGAGCGUCCCAAGACCCAGUGUGAGCAGCACAGAGACAGUCUUCGUAGCAGAGAUGGUGAAGUUCAUCUGACAGGAGUCUUCAUCCCUCAGUGUGAUGAGGAGGGUCAGUACAGGCCCCAGCAGUGCCACGGGUCCACAGGUCACUGCUGGUGUGUGGACAGUAGAGGACAGGAGAGAGCGGGAACCAGAACUCCACCUGGUGCCCCAGCAAUAAACUGUGAUGAGCCUGAGCGUCCCAAGACCCAGUGUGAGCAGCACAGAGACAGUCUUCGUAGCAGAGAUGGUGAAGUUCAUCUGACAGGAGCCUUCAUCCCUCAGUGUGAUGAGGAGGGUCAGUACAGGCCCCAGCAGUGCCACGGGUCCACAGGUCACUGCUGGUGUGUGGACAGUAGAGGACAGGAGAGAGCGGGAACCAGAACUCCACCUGGAGCCCCAGCAAUAAACUGUGAUGAGCCUGAGCGUCCCAAGACCCAGUGUGAGCAGCACAGAGACAGUCUUCGUAGCAGAGAUGGUGAAGUUCAUCUGACAGGAGCCUUCAUCCCUCAGUGUGAUGAGGAGGGUCAGUACAGGCCCCAGCAGUGCCACGGGUCCACAGGUCACUGCUGGUGUGUGGACAGUAGAGGACAGGAGAGAGCGGGAACCAGAACUCCACCUGGAGCCCCAGCAAUAAACUGUGAUGAGCCUGAGCGUCCCAAGACCCAGUGUGAGCAGCACAGAGACAGUCUUCGUAGCAGAGAUGGUGAAGUUCAUCUGACAGGAGUCUUCAUCCCUCAGUGUGAUGAGGAGGGUCAGUACAGGCCCCAGCAGUGCCACGGGUCCACAGGUCACUGCUGGUGUGUGGACAGUAGAGGACAGGAGAGAGCGGGAACCAGAACUCCACCUGGAGCCCCAGCAAUAAACUGUGAUGAGCCUGAGCGUCCCAAGACCCAGUGUGAGCAGCACAGAGACAGUCUUCAUAGCAGAGAUGGUGAAGUUCAUCUGACAGGAGUCUUCAUCCCUCAGUGUGAUGAGGAGGGUCAGUACAGGCCCCAGCAGUGCCACGGGUCCACAGGUCACUGCUGGUGUGUGGACAGUAGAGGACAGGAGAGAGCGGGAACCAGAACUCCACCUGGUGCCCCAGCAAUAAACUGUGAUGAGCCUGAGCGUCCCAAGACCCAGUGUGAGCUGCACAGAGACAGUCUUCAUAGCAAUGAUGGUGAAGUUCAUCUGACAGGAGCCUUCAUCCCUCAGUGUGAUGAGGAGGGUCAGUACAGGCCCCAGCAGUGCCACGGGUCCACAGGUCACUGCUGGUGUGUGGACAGUAGAGGACAAGAGAGAGCGGGAACCAGAACUCCACCUGGAGCCCCAGCAAUAAACUGUGAUGAGCCUGUGCCUCCCGUCCAGCGUCCAGAGACCGUCUGUGAGCGCUGGAGAGCCAGUCUGUUGGAGCAAUAUGGAGAGCAGCCGGGUUCCCAACAUUAUCUACCUCAGUGUGACUCUUCUGGGGAGUUCAAUCCAGUUCAGUGCUACGGAGACAGCAGCUACUGCUGGUGUGUGGACCAAAACGGACGGGAAGUACCAGGAACCCGCUCACACGAUGCUGUGAAACCUGCCUGUAUACCUACUGUGGCACCUCCCACCAUGCACCCUCUGCCACGCCCCGAUGUGACCCCGCCUCCAACAGGCACGUUCCUGCUCUAUGCCCAGGGCCAACAGAUUGGAGUUUUGCCUCUCAAUGGCACUCAGAUGGACAAGCAGAGAUCUUCAGUUCUGCUUGCUCUACAUGGCUCCAUAGUGGUCGGCAUUGAUUACGACUGCAGAGAAAGAAAAGUUUAUUGGACGGAUCUGGCUGGACGGACAAUCAAUAGAGCCAGUCUGGAGCCAGGAUCAGAACCUGAGAUUAUCAUCAACACAGCUCUGACAAGUCCAGAGGGUCUUGCUAUAGAUGUCGCCCGUAGGAGACUGUUUUGGGUGGACAGUACAUCAGAUAAGAUCGAAACGGCGAACCUUGAUGGAAGUGACAGACGUGUUCUGUUUGACACAGACUUAGUAAAUCCCAGAGCCAUUAUCGUGGACUCCACUACAGGAACACUCUACUGGACUGACUGGAACCGAGAAGCUCCUAAAAUCGAGAGCUCCUCUGUGGACGGACAAAACCGAAGAGUCCUGGUACAGAAUGGGAUUGGACUGCCCAAUGCUUUGACCUACGACUCCAUCACACGCCAGGUCUGCUGGGCCGAUGCAGGAACCAAGCGCCUGGAGUGUAUAUCGCCUAAUGGGACAGGGAGACGUGUGGUCCACAGUAACCUGAUCUACCCCUUCAGCAUGGUCGCCUUCACCAAUCACUACUAUUACACAGACUGGAGGAGAGAUGGGGUCAUCGCUCUCAAUCGAGAUAACCAGUCGACAGAUGAGCACUUGCCUGAUCAGAGGUCUCAUGUGUAUGGCAUUACAGUUGCUCCUCCACACUGUUUAUAAGGGAGACGCUAAUGACAGAGCCAGCGUUACAUGGUGCUAUUUUGAGCUGUGGGAAUCACGACGGAGACGUGGACUCAGAAGAGAGCCAAUCCCAGGACCCGCAAGUCUCGACCAACGUCACCGUCGAUGCCAAAGUGCAAAUUUACAAACAUGAAAGCGUGAAGAUUUUCUCAAAAUAGUUUUGUAAAUUUGUUUUAUACCUCAUUUUUUUCUUUCUACUGUACUUGUAUGUGACUUUUUGUUAAAAAACAAAACUAACUAAUUAAAAAAAAUACUCACAGAGUUUAGUUGUGUAAUUUGUAUGUUUUUAAAUACUCUUCAAAAGUAUUUUUAGGGAAAAGAGGUUAACAUUUUUAAGUGGAAUUGCUUGGAACAUCAAAAGAGGUAUUUUACCAACCAUCAUUUUUUUUUAUCUUUUUUUUUUAUCUUUUGUAAGAUGUGAUAUUUAUAACAAUAAAAUGUGAUUUACAACUUCA